AGAGAGAGAAGCAGACAUAGAGUGUAUUCCAAGAAAAAUCAUUACGUGGUUUCGGAGAAAGCAGGUAGAGAGGCGUGGAACUGAAAAGCAGAGAUAGAAGCAGAAAGGCAAGUGAGUGAGGGGUCGCAGAACGUGGGCCUUGACCCGACUACUCCUUUCUCUCCACCGCCCCUCUCUCAAACUCUCUUCUUUUUGUGCUUGUCUCUGCUCUCGCCUGCUCGCUGGUCGGUCGGCCUUGCCUGCAAGCCUACACCUUGCUGCUACCCUUGUAAUUAUGAACCCAGUUUUAACCCUUAUAAUAUUCUUCAGAGAAAUGGCGUAAGAGUAAAGUAAAACGCAGCCGCGCAGGGGCUUUGCCGUACUCCCCAACCAGAGACACCGAGAGCCAAACAAACCUACACUUAUUAUACAAUUCCAUCUCAUUCACUUAUAUAUAUAUUAUAUAUUUGUAUAUAUAUAUAUAUAUAUACAUCGAUCUUAUUGGAGAUCGAUUGAAUCCCACAGUUUAAUUUUAUGGAAAACGACGUUGGAGAUAUGCAUCCUUCUUCGUCUUCCCAGUUGGAUAGCGUAAUUCGUUACUCCACCUUUCGAAUGGAUCAAGAGUCACACGACGGAUCAGGAGACUCUUUGUUCCCUCCAAUUCUCCCUUGGCAGGACAACAGGUCCUUUUUCCCUUCAUCAGUACUCCCUCCGCUUCCUCCUCCUGCGGCUUUCUACGGCGAUUUCUGCUCCCGGCGGCUGACCUUCGCUUACGACCCGAUUGGGCUGGCCGCGUCCGACCCGAUCGGGCUUGCCGGGCUGUACAUGUCAGGACCCUCCGACGCCUUGCUGCUGGGAGGUGGUGGUGUGUCUACAGCUUUUGGUGGGCUUCACGCGGAGCUGGGGAAGAUGACGGCGCAAGAGAUCAUGGAUGCAAAGGCGCUCGCCGCGUCCAAAAGCCACAGCGAGGCUGAACGCCGCCGCCGUGAGCGGAUCAACGCUCACCUUGCGAAGCUGCGCAGCCUCCUCCCCAGCACCACUAAAACCGACAAGGCCUCCCUUCUCGCUGAGGUGAUACAGCAUGUGAAAGAACUAAAGAGACAGACUUCAGAGAUCGCCGAAGAGAGCCCAUUACCCACCGAAAACGACGAGCUCACCGUCGACGCAACAAGCGACGAAGAAGGCCGCCUCAUUGUGACAGCCUCGUUAUGUUGUGAAGACCGCACCGAUCUCCUCCCUGAACUCAUCAAGGCGUUGAAAGCUCUCCACCUCCGAACGAUAAAGGCUGAGAUCACCACUCUCGGCGGACGGUUUAAGAAUGUUCUCGUCAUCACCGCCGACGAUUACAUCGACAGCACGGAUCAGCAGCAGUACUCGGUUGAAUCGAUUCAGGAUGCGCUGAAGGCAGUGAUGGAGCGCACUGUAGCGGCUGACGAGCCUGCUGCUGGUAGCAGCAGUAAGAGGCAGAGGACAGCUAACCUGUCGAGCAUACUUGAGCCCAGGUCGAUCUAGCUUGCCAGUCCAUGAAGGCCAUGGCAAACUGGAUGGAGAUUUUAUAUGGAUCUCUGUCUACCAAACGUACCAAUAGAAGGUGGAAGAUCUCAUAUGGUAUCAACAUGCAAGUACUUCAAUUUCUUUCUUUUUAUUUUAUUUACUAUUAAGGGGAUGGAUCUUUUUCGUGAGAAGGGAUAUGGUUUGCAAUAAAGGCUCUGAUAGGGGAAAAGAAGCAGUUAAUAUGGAUUUCUGGUGUUCUUCUAUCUGCUAUCUGAUCAACAAGAACUGGUCAUCUUCUGCUUCUUUGCUCUACGAGGCAUGUGCAGAAGUACGAGUCCUUGUUAUGUUUCUUUGGUAGUAAGUGAAGAAUGGCUUGCUUCCAUGGCUUCUUCAUGGCCAGUCGACGUGCAUGACGUAGGACUCUUCACUAUCGCCAUGCUUACUAGGUUUCUAAAACACUUUAAGGUAGUGUAUGUAUUUAUUGAACGCUUCCUUUCUUUCUUUAUUUAUUUUUUUUUCCUUUCUUUUUCCUUCUUUGGUUUUGCGAACUUGGAGUGUCAGAUUUCAGAUAUACAUGAAUAGAUUUGAUGGUCUUAAGUUAUGUUAACUAAGUCUGUCUUUCUAAAAAGUGGA